AUGCUGCUACGUGGGCUGCGAAGUGUGUGCGCCGUGCCGCGUCAGGUGCGUGCUGUGCAUGCGUGCGCGGUGCGUCUGAAUGCGGGAGCGGAUCGCGCCGAGCAGAGCAUGCAGCGGUUCUGGAAGGACGUGCAUCUGGCGUUCGAGACGCCGAGCAAUGGCGACGACGAGCACUUUGUCGUGCAGCUGGACCGGCGCAACCUGCGCACGCCGGGCGGUGCCAAGCUGGCUAUACCUGCGGAUCGUCCGCUUCUUGCGUGUCUGAUUGCGCAGGAGUGGGACGAGCAGACGCAACUGAUCAAGCCGCACUCGCUACCGCUCACCUCGCUCAUGUCGCGCGCCAUUGAUGCGCUGCAGGACGAUGAGAGGGGCCGGAAGGAGGUGCAAGACUACCUGAUGCGCUACCUGGAUACCGAUACAGUGUGCUUCUUUGACAAGGAGCCAGCUCGUCUCGUGCAGCUGCAAAAGGAGCGCUGGACGCCGCUCCUCGAGUGGACGCGCCGGCUGUUGGAUGCCGACGUCCACACGGCGACAGGCACGCUGGUGUGCCGGCAGCCGGACGCGACGCGCGCCAAGGUCGAGCGCCUGGUCGCAGGUUUGCCGCCACUCGAUCUCGCGUCGCUCGAGCGCGCCGUCAUGGUCAGCAAGUCGAUGAUCAUUGGCCUGGCGCUGAUCCACCGCUACAUUGAGGCCGAGCAGGCGGCGCUCGCCGCCGAGGUCGAGACGGCGAGUCAGGUCGCGACGUGGGGCGUGAUCGACGACUCGCACGAUGUGGAUCAUGCUGAGCUGCGUCGCCAGCUCGCGAGCGUCGCGUGCGCCCAAGUGUCGACGGAGCCGGAGCUCGUGGAGAAGUUUUUGCAAGUGCUCAAAAAGCAUGACGGUGCCUUCCGUACAUAG